UGAAUGCCGUUUUUGAUACUGUGCGGAAUUUGCGACGGAUUGGAUUAAUUGAGUUGAAAACAAAGAGUUGUGUGACUUCUAUUCAUGCUAUCCUGCAGCCAAUCGCACAUUGCAUGAGGACUUUUUACCUAAAAUGGCAUCGACAUCGAAAUGUCCCUCGUCUGGACAUAGCGGAGAGGAUGAUUGCAUGGAGCUCGAGGUCCCACAGCAGCAAAGCCCCACCAUGUUACCUCCACUCCAUGAGAAAGGCACACAGGCUUUGCUGAAGAGACGUGUGAAACGGAAAUUGCCAAUUGAGGAGCACGUAAAAUCCCAGGAAAGGAGGUAUUUCCCAGGCUGGCAUUCUCAGGUGCCUUUAGCCCAAGAAAAAGAGCCACCGCAGAAGCGCAGCGUGCCAUCACAUGUCAAACUGCCUCCACUGCAAUGCCGCACCAAGGAUCAAUUCUCCCUAAAUGGAGCGUCAACCUCUUGUCCUGCAAAAAGACCCUUUUCCCUUAAGAAAGACGCAAACUUGGAAACCCCCUCUGAAGUGCGAAUUUUUGAACACAGCAAGGAUGACUACACAAUGGUUAGCAAAGACGGCGUAUUGUCGACUUGUCGAGAAAACUUCGACUUUGUCAGCCUUGAGCGGUUUGAAGAGGAAUAUCAACUCCACCGCAAGCUGGUUCUCAUUCCCUUCUUUGCUCGCUUCAAAUUAUUCAAACCUUUCUAUAUCUGGCAUAAAAAAGUCUGUGCCAAGAAGAUGCACGUGGCUCAAAUGGCUCUCAAAGAGAAUUUGUUCUUGAUCAACCCGGAUCUAAGUACGGCACUGUCAGACGUCUGGAAAAUGUGUUACCAAAUCAGAACCACAAACUUGUGUCACAUUGAGAAAAAGCACACAUAUACUCUCCAGGAAUUUCAUGAAGCUCAGUUCACACAAGUAGAAGAGGCACUGAUUGACCUGAAAAACUUUCAAGACCUGGUAAAGGAAGUGACACUGUGUUCCUGUAGCACCUUCCUGUCAGAUCAUAGCGACAAUUUGAGUGAAAUCCAAGUUCUAUUGGGUAUUAACAAGGGCUUCUUCUGUCAGCGCCUUAACUGCUUCAUCCGACUUCUUGACUAUUUGGUAGUCAACACCAUGCACACAUUAUUUGUGAGUGCAGUGGACAAGCUGCUGGCUGCGUUCAAAGAGCUCGUUAGUCAAACCCCCAGCCAUGAAAUCAUUCAAACGUGGGGCCAACAGCUGGAGACUGCUGUCAACCCGACUGAGGAAAAGACGGAUCGAAAGGCUGCGGAGUCAGAAUCUUCCCAGAGUAAACCAAUGUUGAUCAGUGAACUGAUUUUAGACACAAGUGAGCUGUCCUACAGACCCUCUGAAAAGAACUUUCAGGAGACUGUUGCAGAAAUCAUUGGGAAGUUCCAGAAGACUGUAUUGUCUGUUGAAACACUAUCAGAAGAUCCAGAUUUAGUUUUACUGUUAAGUCACGAGUCUUUUCAGAGUCAAUAUCAAGAUGCUCCCAGUUUGGAAUCGGUCAUUGAAAAUGAUGGAUACAUUCAAAGUAUCUGUCAAAAAAUUAAGGAAUCACUGCAGUUCACAUUUGAAGCCGCACAAGUCUGCGCGCGCAUGUUUGAGCGUUUUCAGCUGUAUUACAAGGAGAACGAAAGUCUAGAUUUGAAUGCUCUACGACAGAUAGAUCACGGCUUGGAGUUUUUUAGAACAUCGCUGGACUUGUACCACAAUGAGCAUGAAGAAGCUGUGGCUCUCCAGCCACAGAGGCAUCUUGGUCUCCUCCUUGUGGACAAAACGGAGAUGAAAGAGAAGCUCAUCUCUUCUCCACUCCGUUGUCUAAAGGUCAUUAAUGAGAUACUGACGCAGCAGGCCAAGCGGAAGCUAAAAGCUGUCAUGGCGGAAGCUGGGGAAGCUCAAUUUAAGCUAGAACUCAGCCCCACUACGACAACCGAGUUAGCCAGCUACCUCACUUUCCUUGAUGAGAUACCAGAACGGAUGAAAGUGCUGGAGCAGGAACAGGAAACCGUGUGUCAGAUGUACAAUCUCAUCAACCAAUCCUCACUUCCCGUCACCGCUGACGACGUUGCCUUUGCCUCCAUGGAGCCUUACAUGAACUCAUUACACAACAUGAUCAAUGAUGCCAUGUUUGACAGGUUCAAAAUGAUGGAAAAGUUUUCCAAGUCUCUGCAGGUAGACAUAAAAGAUCUGAACCAAAAAGUCAAGAAAAUCAAGGAACAAUCGCAGGAUCCACAAAUUCUCGAAGUCACCGCGGAUCUUUCCCAAGUGCGUGUUCUGCUUGGGGAGCUUCAGAUUUCCAUAGAUGACCUGCAAGCCGAGGCCUCAGCAUAUAUUUCUUACCAGAAACAAUUCAAGUUGGAGGUAACCAAAUUUGAUGACCUGGAUGACCUGAAAGGAGAGUUUAGGCUGAAGAGGCUUCUUUGGGACUCGAUGGUCGAAUGGGACUUAUUACAAGAUGGAUGGCGGCAGACAAUGCUUGAGAAAUUGGACCUGGAACAGUUAAACUCACAUGUCAACAAGUACACAAAGUAUAUCAACCAAAUGGAGAAAGGCUUGCCACGGAACAAUGUAGUGCCGUGUCUUAAAGAGAAAGUUGAACUUAUGAAACAGAGGGUGCCUGUGAUCACAGAUUUACGUAACCCAUGUAUGAAACCAGAGCACUGGAGGACCCUGGAAGCUGUUGUGGGGAGUUCAUUGAAUGUGGAGCAGCUCACUGUGGCUUUUAUGGAGGAGUUCAACGUAUUCUCCUAUGGCACAGAGAUACAGGAGGUGUCAGCGCAGGCCUCAGGAGAGGCAUCAGUGGAGACUAUUAUCAAUAAGGUGGAGGACGUGUGGUGGACCACCACUUUCACUCUUUUGCAACAUGGUGACUCCAAAGAGGUCUUCAUCUUGGGAGGCACAGAUGAUAUCCAAGUCCUCUUGGAUGACAGCAUUAUCAAUGUGGGCACAGCAGCAUCUUCUCGUUAUGUUGCUCCCAUCAAAGCCAGGGUGGACAAACUCCUGAUGAGACUGACCCGCUUCAACCAAACUCUGGACGAGUGGCUUACGUGCCAACGAAACUGGUUGUAUUUGGAAAGUAUUUUCUUGGCCCCAGACAUUAAGAGGCAGCUUCCUGCCGAGUCCAAAAUGUUUCUUAAAGUGGACAAGUCAUGGAAGGCCAUCAUGGCUAAGGUCAAAAAGAUGCCCAAUGCACUCAAAGCGGCCACACAGCCUGAUCUUUUGGAAACAUUUCAAGAAAAUAAUGUUCUGUUGGACAAGAUACAAAAGUGCCUUGAAGACUACUUGGAGUCCAAAAGAGUUAUAUUCCCAAGAUUCUACUUCUUAUCCAAUGAUGAAUUGCUUAAGAUUUUGGCACAAACAAGGAACCCCCAGGCAGUGCAACCCCACCUGAGAAAAUGUUUUGAUGCAAUUACACACCUUGAGUUUGCCUUGGUGUCUGAACAGCCAACGACCGGUGCACCUACACUGGAGCCUGGAGAACAGGAGAAGGUCUACACUAAGGACAUCUUGAAUAUGGUUUCCCCUGAAGGAGAGAAGGUGGGUUUAACAAAAGGCCUGAAAGCAAGAGGAAAUGUGGAAGAUUGGCUGUGCAAGGUAGAGGAGGCCAUGUUCAACUCACUGCGACAGCUCAGCAAGGCUUCCAUUGCCGACUACCAAAUAACGUCAAGAGAGGAAUGGGUGGUGUCUGGGUAUCCUUCCCAGGUGGUGUUGACUAUUUCACAGAUGAUGUGGUGCAGGGAUAUGGAAGAUUGUUUGGAGGGAAAUCAUGACCACUUUGCAGCCUUGCAGAAAUUUGAAUACACCAACUUUGAUAGGUUAAAUGCUCUCGCUGCUUUGGUCAGAGGCAAACUACCGACAUUACACCGCAAUAUCAUCACCGCCCUCAUCACGAUUGAUGUGCAUGCCCGUGAUAUUGUGACAGAUUUAGUCGGACAGAAGGUGGACUGCAGGACUAACUUUGAAUGGCAAAGACAAUUACGCUACUACUGGGAUCUUGACAUGGACAACUGUAUAGCCUGCAUGGCCCUGUCCACUUACAUUUAUGGUUAUGAAUACCUAGGUGCCUGUCCUCGGCUGGUCAUCACUCCGCUUACGGAUCGUUGCUACUUGUGUCUCAUGGGAGCCCUCCAGUUGGACUUGGGAGGAGCUCCAGCUGGCCCUGCAGGGACAGGGAAAACGGAGACGACGAAGGACUUGGCUAAAGCCUUGGCAAUUCAGUGUGUGGUCUUCAACUGCUCCGAUGGACUCGACUACAAGAUGAUGGGGCGUUUCUUCAGUGGACUUGCUCAGUCUGGUGCUUGGUGCUGUUUUGACGAGUUUAAUCGAAUCGAUAUUGAGGUGUUGUCAGUCAUUGCGCAGCAGCUCAUAACCAUCCGGAAUGCUAAAGCUGCGAAGAUGACAAAGUUUCGAUUUGAGGGCCGAGAAAUCAAGCUGGUGAUGACCUGUGCGGCAUUUAUUACCAUGAACCCAGGCUAUGCUGGAAGAUCAGAGCUACCUGAUAAUCUUAAAUCUCUCUUUAGGCCCGUCGCUAUGAUGGUGCCCAACUAUGCACUCAUUGCUGAGGUGAUUUUAUACUCGGAGGGAUUUGAGUCCAGUAAAACUUUAGCAAGGAAGAUGACCCAAAUGUACAAGCUGUGCUCUGAGCAGCUGUCCCAGCAGGACCACUAUGACUUUGGAAUGAGAGCCGUCAAAUCUGUUCUUGUCAUGGCAGGGUCUUUGAAACGACAGAAUCCUGACCUCAUUGAGGAUGUGGUUCUCAUUCGAGCUCUUAGGGAUUCCAACCUGCCAAAAUUCCUCACAGAUGAUGCAGAACUGUUCGGUGGCAUCCUGUCUGACCUGUUCCCCGGCGUGGCCAUCCCUGAGCAUGACUACGGCGUACUGCACUCAACCAUUGUGGAUUGUAUAGUGAAGCGAAACCUGCAGCCUCUGGCCACCAUGAUUAAUAAGGUUAUCCAACUGUAUGAGACCAUGAUCGUCCGUCACGGUGUCAUGUUGGUUGGACCCACCGGUGGUGGAAAAACCACAGUUUACACCAUCCUGGCAGAUACGCUGGAUACCCUUUAUGACUCCGAGUACAGGGAUGACAACCCUUUUUUUCAGCCUGUGAAGACCUAUGUUCUCAACCCCAAAUCUGUCACAAUGGGAGAACUCUAUGGAGAGGUGAACACGCUAACCCUUGAAUGGCGUGAUGGAUUAAUGGCGCUCAGUGUCCGUGAUGCCGUUGACGACACCAGCGAUGACCACAAGUGGGUUAUUUGUGACGGGCCAGUUGAUGCCCUGUGGAUUGAGAACAUGAAUACCGUGCUGGAUGACAACAAGAUGCUCUGUCUGGCGAACAGUGAGAGGAUCAAACUUUCACCAUCUAUACACAUGGUCUUUGAGGUCCAGGAUUUGGCUGUGGCUUCUCCAGCCACUGUGAGUCGCUGUGGGAUGGUCUACAUUGACCCAGAUGAACUCAAGUGGAUGCCCUAUGUGCAGACAUGGCUCAGUGGUCUAGGAUCCAAACUUCCAGACUCUGUGAAGACGUUAUUGCUUGAGUUAUUUGAACUUUACGUGGAAGAUGGUCUCCAGUUUAUAUGGAAAUUCUGCAUCCAAGCAAUUCGCCAGGUGGACAUAAGUAAAGUCUGCACUCUUUGUUCGCUGAUGGAGGCACUACUGCUCGGCAAAGAUGGACCAGACUUUAAUAUGGAUUCCAAGCGCCUCACUGAUGUACUAUGUCAGACCUUCAUAUUUUGCUACUUAUGGGCAGUAGGAGGCAACCUGCCCUGUGGUCACUGGGAUGAUUUUGACAAUUUUGUCAGAGAGCAAUUCAAAGACAACAACAAUGCCAAGCUUCCUACCAAUGGAGCCCUCUGGGAUGUGUUCAUCAACUUCAGCAAGAAUUCUUUUGUGCAGUGGGAGAAAAUAAUUCCAUUAUUUUCAUACGACAGUGAACAAGCCUUCUUCGAGAUGUUGGUUCCCACUGCCGAUACCGUUCGCUAUGGCUAUCUGAUGGAGAAACUGCUCUCAGUACGCCAUUCUGUCCUCUUCACCGGUUCCACAGGAGUGGGGAAGUCAGUGAUAGCUCGGGGCCUUCUCAACAGUAUUCAGGAAAGUCGUGGCUACAUUCCUGUCUAUAUCAACUUCUCCGCUCAGACAUCUUCUGCCCGCACACAAGAAAUCAUUGAGUCUAAGCUGGAGAAAAAGAGGAAGAACAUGCUUGGUGCGCCUAAGGACAAGAGGAUAGUGGUGUUUGUGGACGAUCUGAACAUGCCCAAAUUGGACAGUUAUGGCUCUCAACCCCCUAUUGAACUUCUACGUCAGUUCCAGGACUUCUCUGGAUUUUAUGACAGGGAGUUUUUCUUCUGGAAGGAGAUACAGGACAUGACAAUCGCUGCAGCAUGCGCUCCACCAGGAGGAGGACGCAACCCUGUGACCCCCCGUUUCAUUCGCCACUUCAGCAUGCUUUGUCUGCCCACACCCUCAGAACAAAGCCUCAAACAGAUAAUCAUUGCGAUCUUGUCUGGUUUCCUCAAAGAGUUUCCCCAACCCGUGAAGGACUGUGCAAAACAGAUUGUGGAUUCAGCCGUGGAGAUUUACAACCGCUUAAGUGUGGAUCUGCUUCCCACUCCAGCCAAGUCUCACUAUGUCUUCAAUCUCAGGGACCUCUCCAAGUGUGUCCAGGGUAUGCUGCAAUGUGAAGCAAGUCAAGUGCGAGAUAAGACUCAGAUUUUUCGUCUGUUCUGCCAUGAAUGUCAGCGGGUUUUCCAUGAUCGACUCAUCAAUGGCCAAGACAAAGAGUAUUUUAACACAAUUGUGUGUGAGACAGCCACCAAAUAUUUUGGGAUUAACUUGGAUCCCUCAUACUUUGUGAAUGAGCCCAUCAUAUUUGGGGACUUUAUCAAGGUGGGUGCAGAAAAGGAAGAACGCCUGUAUGAAGAUCUUACAGACCUGGAUAAGAUCCAAUCUGUUCUUCUGGACUAUUUGUGUGACUACAAUAUGACUUACUCGAAGGAGAGCAAGCUGGUAUUCUUCCAGGAUGCAAUUGAGCAUGUUUCCAGAAUCGCUCGGAUGGUUCGCCUGGAGCGAGGCAACGGCCUCCUGGUAGGAGUGGGGGGCACAGGCAAGCAGUCGCUCACCCGAUUAGCAUCUCACAUUUGUGAGUACCAAUGCUUUGAGAUUGAGCUGAGUCGAGGCUAUAACUACGAAAGCUUCCACGAAGACUUGAGAAGGCUCUACAGAAUGGCUGGGGUGGAAAGGAAGGAUACAGUAUUCCUCUUUACCGAUACUCAGAUUGUUGUGGAGGAGUUUUUGGAGGAUAUCAACAACAUGUUGAACUCUGGUGAAGUGCCCAACCUCUUUGAAAAAGAUGAGCUGGAACAAGUACUAGCUGCAACCCGCCCGAAAGCCAAAGAAGCUGGAAUCAGUGAGGAGAACAGAGAUGAGGUGUUUCAGUAUUUUAUCUCUCGUGUACGAGAGAAGCUCCACAUUGUGCUGUGUAUGAGUCCAGUCGGCGAUUCCUUCAGGUCUCGCUGUCGCAUGUUUCCCUCGCUGGUCAACUGCUGCACCAUUGACUGGUUUGUGGAGUGGCCCCGUGAGGCUCUACUUUCUGUCUCUCAAGCCUUUUUCCAGAAUGUGGACUUUGGUACAGAGGAACUCAAGCAGAGCUUCUCAGAUUUGUGUGUGGAAACGCAUGUCAGCGUCUCUGUCAUGGCUGAAAGAUUCUUCUCAGAACUGAGACGUCGCUAUUACACCACGCCCACCUCCUACUUAGAACUUAUCAACCUGUACCUGUCAAUGCUAGACAACAAGAGGCAACAGCUAGUUCUUGCAAGGGACCGUGUGAAGAGUGGUCUGACUAAGCUUUUGGAGACCAAUGAGCUUGUGGCCACAAUGAAAGUGGACCUUUCUGCUCUGGAGCCACUUCUCAAACAGAAAAGCAUUGAUGUCGAUGCUUUAAUGGAAAAAUUGUCUGUUGACCAAGAGAGUGCUGAUGAGACACGUAGGGUCGUGAAAGAAGAAGAGGCAAUAGCAAAGGUCAAGGCUGAAGAUACUCAGGCAAUAGCUGAUGAUACCCAAAGAGACCUGAAUGAAGCUCUGCCUGCCCUGGAGGGUGCGAACCAGGCUCUUAAUGCUCUGGACAAGGCUGACAUUUCUGAGCUCAAAGUGUUCACCAAACCUCCUGACAUGGUCAUGACUGUCAUGGAGGCUGUCUGUAUCCUGCUCAACUGCAAACCGGACUGGCCCAAUGCCAAAAAGUUACUGGGUGAUUCCAAUUUUACCCGAUUUCUGACUGACUACGACAAGGACAAUAUUAAGCCUCAAGUCCUCGCAAAGCUGCAGAAAUACAUUAACAACCCGGACUUUGUACCCGAUAAGGUGGAGAAGGUCUCCAAAGCAUGUAAAUCCAUGUGUAUGUGGGUUCGGGCUAUGGACAUAUACUCCAGAAUCCUCAAGGAAGUUGGUCCAAAGAGAGAAGCAUUUGCCAAGGCACAGGCGGAGCUGGAAAUGACAAUGGCAACACUGAGGGAAAAGCAACUACUGCUCCAGAGUGUGGAAGACAAGAUCAGGGUUCUACAGGAAUCUUAUGACAGCAGCCUCAAUGAAAAGCAGGAAUUGGUUAACACUAUGGCAGUGACACAGGCUCGGUUGACCAGAGCCGGGAAGCUCACUUCGGCUUUAGGAGAUGAACAAGUGCGCUGGGAGCAAAGUGUUGCGACAUUUGACCAACAGAUCAUCGAUGUUGUGGGCAAUGUCUUCAUCGCUGCUGCUUGUGUGGCCUACUAUGGAGCCUUCACUUCUCACUAUAGAAAACUGCUUGUUGAUGAUUGGAUAAUACAGUGCCAGAACCUGAACAUUCCCAUAAGUUCCAGCUUCAGCCUGAUAAACAUUCUGGGUGACCCAUAUGUCAUUCAACAAUGGAAUAAUGAGGGUCUGCCCCGGGACACAGUCUCCACUGAGAAUGGAAUACUGGUGAAUGAGGGGCGCCGCUGGCCUCUGAUGAUUGACCCACAGGAUCAGGCUAACCGAUGGAUUCGCUCAAAGGAAGCCAAGAAUGGUCUAAAAGUGAUCAAGCUCACUGACCCAAACUUUCUUCACAAGCUAGAAAAUGCCAUCCGUAUGGGAAUGCCAGUUCUGCUGGAGGAGUUAAAGGAGAACCUGGAUCCUGCUCUGGAGCCCGUCUUGCUGAAGCAGACAUUUGUGGCGGGUGGACGGACUCUGAUCCGACUUGGAGACUCAGAUAUUGACUAUGACAAAAAUUUCCGGUUUUAUAUGACAACUAAAAUGGCCAAUCCGCACUACCUACCAGAGGUGUGUAUCAAAGUAACAAUCAUCAACUUCACUGUGACUAAGUCUGGUUUAGAGGACCAACUGCUUGGGGAUGUGGUGUGCCUGGAAAGUCCACACUUGGAAGAGCAGAGAAACGAUCUGGUUGUGCGCAUCAAUAAUGACCGGAUCCAGCUGAAGAACAUUGAAGAUCGCAUUCUGAAGCUUCUCUUCACCUCUGAGGGAAACAUACUUGACAAUGAGGAGCUUGUUACCACUCUCCAGGAAUCAAAGGUGACAUCAGCAGCUAUAAAACAACGGCUGGAGGAGGCAGAGGCCACCGAGCUAAUGAUCAAUAAUGCAAGAGAGGGUUACCGAUCUGUAGCCACCCGAGGCUCCGUCCUGUUCUUUGUCGUUGCCAGUCUCUCUGAGAUUGAUCCAAUGUACCAGUUUUCGCUCAAGUACUUUAAACAACUCUUCAACACCACCAUUGAGACAUCUGAAAAGAGCGACAUAUUGGAAGAGCGUCUCCAGAUCCUACUGGACCAGAUCUUACUCAAUUCCUACAUAAAUGUUUCCCGGGGCCUAUUCGAGCAGCACAAACUCAUCUACAGCUUCAUGUUGUGUGUUGAGAUCUUGAAGCACCGUGGGGACAUCUCGGAGGCAGAGUGGCAGAAUUUCAUUCGGUCUUCUGUAGGCAUGGAAAAGGAAUUUGCAGAGCGGCCAGAUGUCCCAUGGCUCAGUGAUUAUUACUGGGAGACUUGUUGUGAACUGGAGGAGUCACUGCCAUGCUUCAAAAACAUCACCAAAGAAAUUAUUGCAACCCACAUCCACGUUGAACUUGGAUGUUUCGAGACAUCGUUUAAUCCGGAAAAUUGGGAGGGCUACGUGACAAAGUUGCCACCUCUUGAUACGUCAGAAGAGGGGAAGCAAAAGAGUGGAAUCCAAGGCUACUGGAAUGAAAGGCUGACUUCUUUCCAAAAGCUGAUCCUUAUCAAGAGCUUCAUGGAAGAGAAGGUUGUUUUCGCGGCAACAGAGUUUGUGAUUGUCAGUUUAGGAAAGCAGUUUGUUGAAAACCCUCCCAUUGAUUUGGCUAAUCUCUACAAUGACAUGUCCCCAUCUACGCCACUGGUCUUCAUCCUCAGCACUGGAUCAGACCCGAUGGGUGCCUUCCAGCGUUUUGCAAAAGACAGGGGUUGUCUUGACAGGGUUGAGUCCAUUUCAUUGGGUCAAGGACAGGGGCCCAUAGCAGAGAAAAUGAUCAAAUCGGCAUUAGAGGAUGGAGGCUGGGUUUUCUUGCAAAACUGUCAUUUAGCAGUCUCUUGGAUGCUUCCUAUGGAGGAGAUCAUUAAGACCUUUGCAGAGCCAGACACAUCAAUCCAUGAGAACUUCCGUUUGUUUCUCAGUUCCAUGCCUACUAAAGUGUUUCCAGUGACAGUGCUACAAAACUCUGUCAAGGUGACAAAUGAACCUCCGAAAGGUCUGCGUGCCAACAUUCGUCGAGCCUUCACAGAGAUCUCUAACAAUUUCUUUGAAGAGCACACUCUGGGUCUGGACUGGAAGAAGAUGGUCUUUGGAAUCUGCUUUUUCCAUGCAGUCAUCCAGGAGCGCAAAAAGUUUGGUCCUCUUGGCUGGAACAUUCCCUAUGAGUUCAGUGACAGUGACAGGGAGUGUGCUCUUCUCAACCUCAACCUCUAUUGCCAAGAUGCCAUUAUUCCCUGGGAUGCUCUUACAUACAUCACGAGUGAGAUCACGUACGGAGGCAGAGUGACAGAUGUCUGGGACCAACGCUGUCUCAGAACAGUCCUAAAAGGCUUCUUUUCCCCUAAGACCCUGGGGCCCUGCUACACCUUCUCAGCAUCCGGUGUCUACUAUGCCCCCGCGUUAGACACGCUGGAUUUAUAUAUAGAGUACAUUGAGAAACUUCCAAUCAUUGAUGACCCUGAGGUCUUUGGCAUGCAUGAAAAUGCCAACCUGGCCUUCCAGCGCCAAGAAACCAUGAAUCUGGUCAACACUAUUCUGGAUGUUAAUCCUCGCUCGUCAGCCCAACUAGGAGCCAAAAGCAAUGACGAGAUUGUGUGUGAGCUUGCUGAAGCUAUACUGGCUAAGCUACCUGAGCGCCUUGACAUGGAUGAGGCGCUCGAAGGUUUAUUCGAGCGAGACGAUAGUGGUCGUGUCAACUCCCUAACAACUGUGUUGGGCCAGGAGGCCGACAGAUUCACCAAACUGAUUCGCUUACUAAGGGUGUCUCUCAUAACUCUGCAGAAGGCCAUUGGAGGUUUUGUGGUGAUGUCCGAGGAGAUGGACCGGAUCUACACAAGCUUUGUGAACAACCACGUUCCCGCGCAAUGGUCAAACUCCUCCUACCCAUCGCUAAAAAGCUUGGCUUCCUGGGUCAAAGACCUCUACAUUAGGAUCUACUUUGUUGAGACUUGGAUCACGCGAGGCCACCCCAAAUCUUUUUGGAUAUCUGGAUUCUUCUUUCCUCAGGGAUUUCUAACUGCAGUUCUGCAGAAUCACGCCCGACGAUACAAUUUGCCCAUCGAUGAGCUGAACUUCCGCUUCAACAUGGUGCCCGUGUACAGAGACCAGAUCGCCGUGGCCGAGGCUCUCCGCAAUCUGAACAGCAACGCGGAACUUCCCAUGGACACGGAGUUGCCCAUGCCUGAGAAUGGUGUGCUGGUACACGGCAUGUUCAUGGAUGCGAGUCGCUGGGAUGAUGACAAUAUGGUGAUCGAAGAUGCAUUACCUCGAGUGAUGAAUGCCGUUCUUCCAGUGGUGCACUUUGAGCCACAGCAGAACUACGAUCCCGAGCCCGAGCUCUACCAUGCGCCACUAUACAAGACCUCAGCAAGAGCAGGAACUCUUUCGACCACAGGACACUCAACUAAUUUUGUUGUGACUGUAAUGCUUCCGUCAAACCGGCCAAGCGACUAUUGGAUAUCCAAAGCAUCUGCUCUCUUGUGCCAGUUGAAUGACUAAGUCCUUUCCAAUUUAGGCACACAUUUUUGAGAUUUUCAAAUAAAUGUAAGAUAAACCACAA